CUUCUAAAUAUAUCGAUGUCCUAAAUCUUCCAGAGUAAUGGCAACAGCUUCUGUUCGAAGAGCACAAGUUGCAGACGAUGCACCAUUUUUCAGGAAUCGAGAUCUAGGUUCGAGGUUUGAGCCUUUGUUAGUGUCGAAAUAUAGGAACCAUAUCUUUGAAAAUGGAAAACCCUUCAACGCAUUCGGAUUUGGAACUAUUUACUCGAGAUUUGACUUGGGACAGUCGUACAACUAUUUCAAAAAUCUACAGUCCUACAUUUUUUGGGGCAUUAGGAUUUGGGAUUGCGGUAAUUACGAAUUAUUUCCAAAGGAGGCCAGUCAUGAGUGGUAUCCAACGCCAUAUUGCAUUUACUGCUAUUGGUGUACCAGUUGGACUAUAUGCUUCCCAAAUGAUGGAGAAUCGUAACGCCAAACGUGACGCCAUAUUGAUUCAUUACAUGAGAAACCAUCCGGAUGAUUUCCCUGAAACUGGAUCAAGGGACUGAUAGUUGGCUUAUAGUCUGGUAGGUAAUCCUAAUUUUUUAGAGGCAGUUAAAAAUCAAAACCAGGACAAUUGAAAUUCCGAGCUAGCAAUUCUAGCCUACGUAGUUGUACGUAGCGUACACAUCGAAGUCUGGUGUGGCUUUAGAUGGACGAAAUGUCUGUCACUUAAAUGAAUUUUAUGAAUUCCGGGUAUCCGUAAAUCAAUACCAAAUUUAACUUCCGUGUCGAGUGGACACUUGCUUUGGACCGUAACAGCAAGAGAAAGCAUCCUGCUACAGUCGUAUUGCCGUUUAAUACUCUAUUCGUGUGAUUGCGCCCGUUAAAACAAUUGAAAAAAGCAUUGACAUA